UCCGACUUCGCACUUAUACGUACAAUACGUAUACAUCUACUUUUCCUCAGCCAUUUUCAACAGCAUGCCUCAGUAUAUCAGUGCUCCCAACCCGUACGGCAGUGUCAGUGCCGAAGCAAGAAGACGGUACGAAGAGCGAUACGCGAAAAAGAGGGCAGAAGAAGCAGCCAAAGCUCGAGCGGAGGCUGAAGCCGCGAACCAGCCCGAACAACCUCUGCAGCCAGUACAACAGCAACAGUCUCCUGCUCCCCCUCCUACUCUCCAGCCUGGAUACAACCAGCAAUAUACGAAUGGAUCUUCACAACAGCACCCUGGUCAUCCGCACCAGCCGCAGCAAGCUUACAGUGGUCCUCAACAUCUUCAUCAGAAUUAUGCUCGAACUCCGCAGCAAGUGACUCAAAACGACCCAUCUGUACAACCUCAAGCAUACCAUCUAGCGCAAUCUUCGACCCCCCCGCAACAGCAGCAGCAGCAACAAUGGAAUAAUCCGACGCCUCAGGCUCAGGGGUUAGCUUUGGGACAUCCGUCUCAAUCCCAACUACCAUUUCAGCAACAGCAACCUGAACAACAUCCUCAGCAACAACAACAGUGGCAACAAGCUCAUCAGCACUCUGUGUCACCCCCUGCUUCAGCAGAGGACCAAGAACUCCAGAACAUGUUCCGCCAGUUUGAUAGCUCUCAAAGUGGUCAAUUACAUGCAUAUGAUCUGCAACGACUGCUUGCAAAGGAUGCGAGGAUGGAAGCGAGAGAAGACGCCGUCAAAAUGUUGAUGAACAUCUUCGACACCGACCGCAGCGGGAGCAUCAAUUUCCAAGAAUUCGAAGGACUUUAUCGCUAUAUUCAAGACUGGCAUGGUAUAUUCCGCCGUUUUGACCGCGACAACUCAGGCCUCAUCGACCGCCUGGAACUGUCUAAUGCCUUACAAGGUUUCGGCUUUUCCCUUCCUCCCGAACUGGUCGCCAAGCUCGUGAAAAGGUUUACCCCACCAUCAACUCUUGGACAGACAGUCGCGGCGCGUCCGGGGAUUAGUUUUGAUAGGUUCUUGUUGGCUUGUGUGACAGUCAAGCAUUAUACUGAGGCAUUCAGACGACUUGAUCCUGAAAAUACAGGAUUUAUCACUGUUGCCUACAACGACUAUAUGGAUAUCGUCCUCGAUGCGCCCAGCUAAACACCCUUCAAUCUAUCUCGUCUUGUACCUUUCCCCCCAUUUCCCCUCGAACGCGAUACCGUCUCACCAUUACCCUCCGUCGUAUCUUGUCAUGUCCAAUACUGUUUUUAUAUGAUUAAAGGACCGAGAGAAUCCAACAUUGCAUUAUUAAGGAGGGAAAAUGAUUAUGAUAGGACUUUUGCUAUCUUGGCAUGAACGACUAUAUUGCAACGACAGAUGCUGUGACUAUCUAUUGAC